AUACUGAUAACAUUACUUGACAUAAUCUGAGUUGAGCGUGUUGUUGUAGUCUGCUGUUCUGCGCUUGAAUACCAUUAAUAUUUUCUCUUGUACAACGCGAUUUUGGGAAUAAAUAAUGGCGUCCGAAGGUAAACUAGAGAAAAUGGAAGUUGAUUACUCAACAACGGUGGACAGGGUAAUUCCAGAAUGCCAGCAAAUUGCAGCGGAUGGAAAACUCAAUGAUGCUGUGGAUAAAUUAUUGGCACUAGAAAAACAGACAAGAUUGGCUGGUGAUAUGAUCUCUACCGGAAAACUUCUUGUGACCAUUGUGAAACUCUGCUUUGAAGCAAAAGAAUGGGACAUGCUCAACGAUAAUAUUAUUGUCAUCACCAAGAAAAGAAGCCAACUCAAACAAGCAGUUGCAAAGAUGGUCCAAGAAUGCUAUAAAUAUGUUGAUCAAACACCUGAUAUGGAAACUAAAUUAAAAUUGAUUGAUACAUUGAGAACAGUAACUGAAGGAAAGAUUUACGUUGAAAUUGAAAGAGCAAGAUUGACAAGAAUUUUGGCAAAAAUCAAAGAAGAUCGAGGUGAAAUUGCUGAAGCUGCAAGUAUAUUGCAGGAAUUACAAGUUGAAACGUUUGGAAGUAUGGAGCGUAAAGAGAAAGUUGAGUUCAUACUUGAGCAGAUGAGAUUAUGUCUUGCAAAGAAGGACUACAUUCGAGCUCAAAUCAUCAGCAAAAAAAUUAGCAUCAAAUAUUUUGAAUCUGAGGACGAAGAAAUUCAAAAACUGAAACUACGAUACUACGAAAUGAUGAUAGAACUGGACUUGUCAGAGAAUUCCUAUUUAUCAACUUGCAAGCAUUUUAAAGCUGUUUACGAUACACCGCUCAUUCAGAAUGAUCCGAUGAAAUGUCAACAGGCAUUGAAGAGUGUUGUGCUGUAUGUUAUAUUAUCUCCAUAUGACAAUGAACAAUCAGAUAUGCUGGAAAGAACAAAACAAGAGAAAAAACUGGAAGAAAUUCCCAAGUACAAAUCUCUUCUUCAAUCAUUUGUGUCUCAAGAAAUCAUGCAAUCACAGCAUGUUUGUGAAAUGUAUGAAAAAGAACUUCGUGAUGGAAGCCCAGGUAGUCCAUGUACUGAUGUGUUCCUACAUACUGAUGAUGGGAAUACAAGAUGGAAACAUUUUGCAAACAGAGUAGUGGAACAUAAUAUUCGAAUCCUGGCCAAAUACUACACCAGGAUUACUAUGAAGAGAAUGUCAGAACUUUUGACUCUUUCUGUGCAGGAAGCCGAGGACUAUCUUUCCAAGCUCGUAGUCAACAAAACAGUCUACGCAAAGAUAGAUCGUCUUGAUGGUGUCGUCAACUUCGCACGACCGAAGGAUCCAAGCGAUGUACUAACUGAAUGGUCACACAAUGUUAAUCAGCUCAUGUCACUUGUAAAUAAGACGACCCAUCUUAUAUCCAAAGAAGAAAUGGUUCAUAGCUUGAAAUAAAUACUGGGACAGUAAAGGGCUAAUUUUUAUAGAAUAUUGAGAGAGAGUCUCAUAGAUAGGAUUAAACAUUCUUCUUUGCUACAUUUUCCAAGUUUAUUUUUGGGUACUUUCGUAGUGUGUGUCCCAGGUUGGGGUUAGACCUUAAUUUUAUUCCAAUUUUUUCUAUUGUAGUUCUAUUAAGAGUUCAGGGACUGUCUGCGAUAGCCAAGUGGAUAUACAACUUUACUCAAUUUGAUGUAAAGUAGGCAAACAAAAUUAUUUACCUCCAUAUUGGUACACACACUUCUGGAGAGCCCUUUUUUGUGUAGUCUUAAAAAGUCCCUGAAGUUUAUCCUAUUUCCAAAAUGCAUACUGGCUGCUUUUUUGGUGUAAGAAUUUGCUCAAUGUUCAAAUAUUUGUGUUAAGUUCUCUCUUGAGAAGUCUGUGUACAAGAAAUUCUUUUGUUUGAAUCAAAAUUCAUGUUUGAUGCUCCUAAGUUGAUAUUUCCAAAAUGUAUGCUCACAACUGGUGUAAGAAUUUGUCCCAUAUUCAAUUAUUCGUAUCAAUUUUCCUCUAAGAAAUCUUGAGAAUUCAUUAGGUAUAAACUUUGAGCGUUUCCAGAAGUUUUCAAGAAUUUUUUGUUAUAAUUUUGACAUAACACUUAUCUGGUAUUCAAUGUUUGUAUCAAAUUCUCUCCCGAUAAAAAGUAUUCGUUUCGUUUAUAUUCAAAUUUUUAUGUGAAGUAUCCUCCUGAAAAAAAAUUAGGCACAUUUUCUCAACAUUUCUUCGAUAAAGUAACCAAACCAUAAGUUAAUAUUUCGAUAUGUUUUAGCCUUAAACUUGGUUCCAACUCCAGCAGCUUGUCUUCUAAUUUCAUUUAAUAUACUUGAAAUAUAAAUUCACAAACUUUUG